GAUGAAGGCUAGAGUGAGAAGGCAGCACGGACCAUGGAGGGUGCCCCAGAAGACCUGGAGGAUGAAGAGCAUGUGAUUCAGCACCUCUCUCCAGUGGAGCCUGUUGAGGAAGCCCCCUACCCCGAUGAACCCAACGAGGGUCCCGAGUCAUGGCAGGAACCAAAACGUAAGGCUGGACCUUCAGUUCCUGGGAGUGAAACCACUCCACAAAGAGGGCUGGAGCAAUGCCCCAGAGAUAGACAGAGAAGAACCCAGGAAGAGCUGCAUCUAGGCAUGGGCGGGGGAAACCAGGAACCAUUUCAAUUUCUCUGGGCAUGGAAGGAUUGGCCACUUCAUCUGGAAGAGACACUGAUGUACUGGUUCAUGGAGCAGAAAGCAAAGCACAGAGAAUGGGAGCAUUCCCCCAUUGGACUUGUGGCUGAAUGAGUUUGAGGUCAACCUGCUGGUGAGGCUACGGAACCAGUCCAUGAACCGCUAUCUCCAUUUCUUUCUCCAGCUGCCAUGCAGGAUGCUGCUGAGCCAGAGGAACUUGUUUCAAGAACCCCCCUAAGUGACUGGGAGAAGAACAGAGCCUGCAGGACUCCUUCACUAGCACCCAAAACCCCUCACAGGGGGACCCUGCUGAGUGACCAGGAGGGGAAUGAUGAGUCUGCAGGAGUUCCAGAACCCCACCAAGUGCCCAUCCCCCAAGUCUGCAGGAGUUCCAGAACCCCACCAAGUGCCCAUCCCCCAAGUCUGCAGGAGUUCCAGAACCCCACCAAGUGCCCAUCCCCCAAGUCUGCAGGAGUUCCAGAACCCCACCAAGUGCCCAUCCCCCAAGUCCCUGUCAUUCCUUCUUGUCAGGAGGUGGUCAAGGAGACAGAUACAGAGACAGUAGUAUAUGACCGGUGUUCCCACUUGCAUUCCCUGUAUUUUUUAAAGAUUUGUUUUUGACCCUUCCUUUUAAAAAAUAUUUCA